GCAUCAUAUUUUGCUUACCGGCAGAGGCAAGUUGACUUGUCUAUGUUACCGGUCUUGUCUUGUCUGUUACUUGUUUUUAUCUAUGUUAUCGGCACAGAGCAUACCCCCUAGGGGGGAUAUUUUGUGGUUACCGGUUACAACUGCUUACAACAACUAUACGAAAAAUGUAUUUGCACAUUAUGUAUUUAUUAAAUUUAAAUUCAAAUGAUAAGAGAUUUAUUUAAGCAGCUGGUGCUUUGACAUCUGGGAGUUGUGAUUAGAUUGGUAUUUGAGAAAAUUACUCGUUUUUCUGACUUUGAAGCUGGACACUUUCAAAACCUUAUUUACGUUACUUUUACAGUGUUUGUCGAAUAAUGUCUGCGAAAAAGUGGAAAGUGUUUGAUUUUGGACCGGCAGCAAAUAUCACUGAAGAAGUUCCUAUUUCAAAAAGAAAAACUAAAGACGAAAAUGUGACUUCUGUAAAACGAUAUAAGUUUUCCUCUCCUGGAAAACAUAAAAGCUUUGAUUUUUUCAAGAAACUUGCGCCACAUAGUCCGGAAGAUUUAAUGGUUCAUCCCAAGAAACUUCAAGAACUUGAAGGCUGGAUAAAAACAGUAGUGCAAUCCAAUAAGAUGAAACCUGAGUUCUUGCUAAUUAGUGGACCCACUGGAUGUGGAAAAACCUCAGCCGUGCAGAUAUUAUGCAAAGCUUUAAAUAUUGAACUAGCCGAGUGGACUAAUCCUAUAGAUAUGGACUAUGAUGUAAUGAAGGGAUCGGGUCAAGUUGCCAAAUUCAUGGACUUUUUUAGUGAAUCGAAAUAUUGUUCCUUAUUUGGCAAAGGCAACAGUAAAAAGAUAUUGCUGAUCAAAGAUUUUCCUAAUGCCAUAAUUAGAUGCCCUGAAGAAUUUUUCAGUGUUUUAGAGCACAUCUCCACCAAUUCGGUGCAUCCAGUAAUUUUUAUGUGUACAGAUUCAACAACUAAUGAAAUCAACUUGCAACGAUUAUUAUUUCCCGAUGAAAUCAUGAUGAAGCACUGCAUUGCUCAUAUUAGCUUCAAUUUGUGUGCUGCAACAUUGCUGAAGAAAGGGAUGAAACGAGCGUCUGAUAUCUUAAAUGCCUGUCCAGAAUCAUUUCAUCAUCCUACGCAAACUACUAUAGAUGCUAUUUUAGUGAAGCGUUGGGUUUAUUUCAUGGACUAGGAAGAGUGUUAAACCCUAAACGAAGAAAUGAAGGUAUUGCUUGGAAGCUAGACUGUGACCUACAAAAGCUGGUAGACGAAUUUAGUAUACAACCUGCUAAAUUCACGUCCUUUUUGUUUGAAAACUACUUAAAAUACUUUGGUGCUUUGGGUGAUGCUCAAAAAACAGCCGAUAUUUUAAGCUUUUCAUUGGGUCUUUUAGAAAACUGGGAAAACCAUGAACUCCUACUGAUGGCUCUUUGGACAGCAGUUUCAGGUGUUAUGAUAUUCAAUGAACAUAAAGUUAGUAAAUGGAAUCAAAUUAAAGCACCUAGAAAAAUUGAAAGAAGAAUAAAAAGUAUUGAAGAGGGUCCUAGACUGCAUCCCACUGAUGGCUUCUAUUACAACAUACUAACGAAAUCAAGUAAAUACCCCGUGUUUAAGUAAAACUGUAAUUAUUAAUAUAUAUUUAUAAGAAUAAAUCUUAUCAAAUACAAACGCCAAAAAAA